AUGGGAAGUUCAGCAUCCAAACAAGGAGGCAGACAGUUGUCGAAAACAAUCACCGACUCCAUGUCAAAACCAAUAAAGCGAAGUGAGAUUGAUCUUUUAAAAUCUCAGAAACAAGCAUUGCAGAGCACUGUUAGCCCUGAUCAUCUACAUCAUCCCAGCACAACAACAACAACAUCUCCAACACCCCUCAGUGGAAAUGGGCAGACUAGUCCUACACCCGAUGAAAGCCUAGAUCAGAAAGAGACUGCUUUUAGAGCAAAUACAUCAACUUCAUUUGACCCAACGUUUUUGCACAAAAAAAUUCAACGUCAUUCGAGUGCAACUCCAGAAGGUAAAGACGGAGGCGAUCCGCACGAACAAGGAACUUCAACUUAUGACAAGGGAUUUAUUGACUCCUUGAACCAACUAGGAAAACAAAUCAAGACGGUGGAGUUCAACCCUGCCAAAGAUAACAAUGCUGCUGCCAUUAAACAGCUUCAAAAGAGGAAGAAGCUUUACGAACUUGGCGAGCAAGAGAUCAAAGACCAAAUGUCACAGAGUGUUGGUGAUGGGAAAGAAGUUGCAAAGUCAAUGGUUCACCCCCAGACAUUGACUGCCAUAUUGAGAGAUCUCAAAGACCCGCGUGUCGAUAACCAAACAAUCGUCAAAGAUUAUCAAUUGAAACCAGAGUUUUUGGACAAUAUUGGUGAUGUGUUUCAAGUACCAACUACUGUCAAACAGUUUGAAGAGAAUGCAAAGGAGGACGAAGUGGGACAUAAGACUGUGCCACAACAACGUCGCUCAAUUCACGAAACUCACGAUGAAAAUGCUAACGAAACAGUAGAUGGUGAAACUUAUAAGAAAUUGCAAAAGCGUUUAAGCUUGGACGACUAA